ACAUUCAGAUGUCAAAAUUCAAAAUAAAAGAGAAAAAAUAAUCAGAUCAGUGAAAGAAUAAAAGGAAAAAUGGUAAAUAUAAACGAGUGCCCAGAUGAGGUUCUGGAGUUCAUUUUUGGCCACCUUCCACCGUACCAAGACUUAGAGAACUGUAAAUUAGUUUGCAAAAGAUGGCAUCAAAUCGUUCAUGGUGUGAAGCGCCACACAACCAUCAAUUUUCAUAAAAGUCUCGGCGAAUAUAAACUCUUUUGGAAGCCGUUGAACCGAGCAAAUGAUGUUGCAUCACCUCUGAACUGCCCUGACAGUCCUCCUCGUCGUUUUUCGCAUGCAUCUGUGGUCCAUGAUGAUUCGAUGUACAUUUUUGGCGGUGGCUCCAGUACCAGUACCACUUUCAACGAUUUGUGGCGAUUUAAUUUAUCGAAACGUGAAUGGUCGAGAUUUCAGUCAGUUGGUAGAUAUCCGAGUCCGAAGGCAUGUUCGACGAUGGUCUAUCACAAAGAAAAAUUGAUUUUGUUUGGCGGAUGGAGACAUCCGCCUUCGUAUCCACCGUACCAAUCUUGGCGACUUUUUGACGAACUACAUGUGUACGAUCUGAAGGAGAAUCGUUGGUCAUUAAUGACUCCUCUGGAAGGUCCUCCACCCAUGACUGGUCAUUCGGCCACUAUUCAUCAAAAUGAAAUGAUUGUUUUCGGAGGCCAUCAACAGACCGCUACCGAAAUGGCUAGUUCGAAUCAAGUUUGGUGUUUAAAUCUGGAAACAUUCACAUGGCGACAGCCAGCGAUCGCUGCACCUAAACCGCCGGCUCGAUACGGUCAAUUUCAGAUCAACAUGGACGACACUCAUUUGCUCAUUUUGGGUGGUUGUGGUGGUCCGAAUAACAUGUUCAACGAUGCCUGGUUGUUGGACAUGUCAAGUGAUACAUGGUCGUGGAAAGUUGUGGCUAUAAAAAAUAAGAAAUGGGCAGCAUCGCAUAUGUGGUGUAAUCCAGCGUGCAGGGUUGGUUCAAAACUGGUGAUAUUGGGACCGACAACACAGACGGCUGACUUUCAAAUGGUACGUCAUCAAAUGCCUUCCGCCAGCAAUUUAGCCAGGCAAGCGGUUCGAAAUGAACCACCGGUUCAAAAUAUCCCGCCAAACAAUCACAAUCCGCAACCUCAAGCUCAACCAUCACCACCAAGUAGACUUCAAAUAAUGGAGCAAGCCAAUCGACGACUUCAAGAACGUCAGCUCAUCAAUAAAAAUCGAAGCGGUGAAGAACAGCCGACCAAUCAGAAUGCUUCCGGUUCACUGCGAAACGACGAUGCUGCUAGUCGACGUCAGAGGAAUCUACAAUUGCGAUCUCGUGAAGAAAAUCAUUUCCUACCGCAGCGAUUUGACGAACCACUCGAGGAACGACUGGGUAUGGCCGCCUUUUCCGUUGCCGAGCAGAGUCAAGCACAAGGCCAGGGACAGCAACGACGAUUGGAGCAUCUACUUCGAAUGGAAGAAAAACUGUUGAUGCGUCGUCCGGAACCCCAACCGUCAGAUAGUACACCCAGUCCGAAAAGAGUUAAAAGAAAUUGCAUUGGAGUGUAUUUGGCGGAUAUUUCACAGGUUUUGGCCGAUGAGCCAGAGUUGGAUUGGAUUGCGUAUAAAAACUUUGGAAUGAUACCAGGCGCACCGGAACGGUUAAUCUGUUCAUCGCUUGUCUGUGGAAAUUGUGAAUUGAUUAUGUUUGGUGGAUUGCGAAAGCAAUCCGUUUUGAAUGAAGCAGAAAUGGAAGUCUCGAAUGCUGUUCACUUCCUUACAUUUCCACGGCACAUCAUCUAAAUUAUUUUCGAAUCGAAAGUACAAAAUUUAAUUAUCUUUUCUAAAUCAAUUUGUCAUGAAACAC